AUGGGGGGAAUCUCUAUUGAAAGUGUUGACGAGAUUAAGAUCCUGGGGUUGACCAUAGACCGCAAAUUGACUUUCAACACUCAUGUCGACAACACUAGGGUGAGAGUGGCGCAAAUAUACAAGCAAUUAGCCAGAGCUGCCAGGGUCAGUUGGGGACUCCACCCCGAGGUUAUCCGAGCGAUAUACUCUGCAGUGGUGGAGCCCAUAGUCCUCUACGCGGCUAGCGCUUGGGCUCGGGCGGCGGAGAAGGUGGGCGUUCGGAGACGCCUAUGGACGUUGCAGAGAGACUUUGCGCAAAAAAUUAUAAAGGCACACAGGACCGUCUCACUCAACUCGGCCCUGCUGCUGGCCGGACUGCUUCCUCUGGAUAUCCGUAUCCGGGAGGCAGCCUUGCUAUAUGAGGAAAGGAAGGGGCACUUCCGGCGCGUGGUGGGUGAUCGGGAGGUUGAGAGACCGGUGCCUGUAAAUCGGAUGGCGCACCCGGCAGCAAACCUCGACCUUAAAUAUGGAAUCAUCAUGGAUAGUGCAGAACUAGAAGCCAGGAACGACCAAAAUGCCUUACACAUCUACACGGAUGGGAGUAAGAUGGAAGGCAAAGUCGGGGCAGCACUGUCCAUAUGGAAAGAUGGAGUCGAGGUUAGCUCAAAAAGAUAUAGGCUCGAACCCUACUGCACAGUCUACCAGGCGGAGUUGUUGGCGCUGGCGAGGGCCACUAGUGUGAUAAUGGGAUCAGGGGCGAGUGAGUUCUGUGUUUUUUGUGACUCAAGAGCGGCACUAGACUCUAUAAUAAACAAUGAUUGCUAUCACCCGUUGGCCGUGGAAGCUAGAGAAAAUAUUAUAGCUCUACAAAGAAUAGGCAAAAUAAUAAAAAUAUUGUGGAUCAAGGCCCACGUGGGAGUUAAAGGAAAUGAGAGAGCUGACAAAUUGGCAAAGGAAGCGGCCCUUAAACUAAAAACUAAAGCGGACUACAGCGCUUGCCCGGUGUCCUAUAUUAAAACGCAAAUAAGGGGAACCUCUAUAAAAGAAUGGCACCGUAGAUAUGACGACGGGGAAACAGCAUCGGUCACCAAGGCCUUCUUUCCACGGGUGGAGACGGCGUACCCUACUCACCCUAAAGAAAACCUCCUACAAGGAAGGAAACUCCUCGGGACCAACCCCCUGAGACGCGAAGUUUCUGCACUAGAAGCUAUUUGCAGAAAAUUGUCAGCCACCUCCAGCUUCGGCAGCUUCCUGAGGGUGGUGUGGACUACGGAGGACCUCCGGACAGAACAUGCUGGAUCAUCCAAAACAGAUGACCCAAAUAUUACAAGGAGCGUAAGACGAAGUGUGGGAGAAUGGGAAUCAGCCAAGGCCGACCAAGCCAUAAAAUUGAAAACACCAACAUCUCCCACAAAAAAGCCAUCUGAAGCCCCCCAAAAACAAAAAAUACAAGGCUUUCCAAGCAAGACUGCGGAAGCUAGAGCCUGUCUUAGUAAGGCCAAAUUAAAUCUUGAAAAUUCGAGAAAUUUGAAGACUGAUAUAAAAAUGGCAGUCUUACAAGCAAUAGAAAGGCUUUAUGAGCUUGUAAAAGAGGCGGAAGGAAAAGUUAUAAGGGGGCAGAAAGUAGAGGAAAAGGGAACGCAUAAAGAGAAAGAAGCAGAGACCAAGGAAAAGGAUAAAGGUCAGGAUGAGACCUUAAAUGCAUUAAAGAAAAAACUGGAAGAAAAUUGCAGUCUCCUAAGAGAAAACUCCGAGAAGAUGGAAGAGCUGAAACAAAUAUUCAGGACUCAAAAAGCGACUUAUGCGGAUGUGGUGGUAUCCCAGCCGGGGAGGCAAUCCCCAAAAUCCACCACAUUACAUUCAAUAAUGGUCUCAUCUAAAGACGAAAAUGAAACAGGCGAUGGUAUUCUCACGGAACUCCGAAAAACUGCUAGUGAAGAUGAAGGGUGGGUGAGAGUGGAAAGAGUGAGGAAGAUUAAAGACAGGAAAGUUAUAAUGAGUUACAGAACAGAAGAAGAGAGAACAAAGGCAACGCAAAGAUUAAAAAAGUCAGAGGGGGAACUCGUCGUUGAAGAGAUAAAAAAUAAGGAUCCCUUAUUGAUACUCUAUAAUGUUUUAAAGAUGCAUUCCGACGAGGACCUCCAAAAAGCCUUAAGAAGCAAAAAUAAAGACCUCUUCCGUAACCUCAACAAAGAGGAUGACAGGAUAGAGGUAAAAUAUAAAAAGAGUGCCCGUAACCCUCACACCCACCACGUAGUGCUAAAAGUGUCCCCAACCAUCUGGAACCGAGCCCUGAGCAUGGGGUCGCUGCACAUUGAUAUACAACCAGUUAGAGUGGCGGACCAAACGCCACUGGUGCAGUGUACCCUCUGUCUGGGGUUCGGACAUAGCAGAAAAUUCUGUAAAGAAGCUUUACCAAGCUGCAGCCAUUGCGGCGGACCACAUAUGAGGGCCGAUUGUCCGGACAGACUGACAGGCAUAGAGCCUACCUGCUGUAACUGCCGGAAGCACGGCGAGCAGUGGAAUACCACUGCUAAAGUUAGACCAAAGAAUGGACCCCCAUCACCCCCCUACAGAGUUUUACAAGCAAACCUCCAAAGGAAAAAAUUAGCAACCGCUGAGUUGGCCAUUGAAGCCACUACUCGGAAAGCCGCAAUAGCCUUAAUUCAAGAGCCUUACGUGGGCGGGGCAAGGAGUAUGAAAGGAUUCCGGGGCGUAAGGGUCUUCCAAAGCACUGCACAAGGAGAUGGGACUGUCAAAGCUGCGAUAGCUGUCUUUGAUCACAACUUGGACGUGAUACAGUGCCCGCAACUCACCACCAAUAACAUCGUGGUGGUGGGGAUCCGGACCAGCGCCUGGGAGAUCACGCUGGUGUCCUAUUACUUCGAGCCAGACAAGCCCAUAGAGUCUUAUCUGGAACAGAUCAAAAGGAUAGAGAGAAAAACGGGACCCAAAAGGCUUAUCUUUGGAGGUGACGCGAAUGCUAAGAGUACCUGGUGGGGGAGUAAGGAAGAUGAUGCACGAGGAGAACAACUGAUGGGGACUCUCGGAGAGUUGGGCCUACAGAUUCUAAACGAGGGAGAUGUCCCGACAUUUGAUACGAUCAGAGGAGGUAAGAGGUACCAAAGCCGCGUGGAUGUGACGUUCUGUACUGAAGACAUGCUGGACCUGAUAGACGGAUGGCGAGUCGAUGAAGACCUAGUGAGCUCGGACCACAAUGGUAUGGUAUUCAAUAUUAGACUCCAAAAAUCAAAAAGCAUCAAAAUUGAAAGAACUACUAGGAUAUUUAACACUAAAAAAGCCAAUUGGAGCCUGUUUCAUGAGAAGAUGGCCCAAUUACUGCUAGAUAACAAUAUGACAACUUUGAUAGAUACAAUAGACAAUAAAACAAAAGUAGAAUCUGCAAUCGAUACAUAUACAAACAUAAUAACAAAAACUUGUGAACAAUCAAUUCCAAAAAAGACAAGCAGAGAAAUACUUACCAUACCGUGGUGGUCGGAGAAGCUCGCAGAGAUGAGGAAGGAGACGAACACGAUGAGACGCCGCAUCAGGAACGCAGCGCAGGAUCGAAGACAACACGUGGUUGAUGAGUACCUGAAACAAAAAGAAAAAUAUGAGUCGGAAGUUAGAGAGGCCCAAGCCGGGAGCUGGAAGGAGUUCUGUGGGAAGCAGGACAGGGAAGGGGUCUGGGAGGGAAUAUAUAGGGUGAUGAGUAGAGCUCGGACAAGGGAGGAAGAUUGCCCUUUAACGGAUGUGGAUGGAGCCCCGCUGGACCCUGAAAAGUCAGCAAAGCUCUUGGCAGAGACCUUCUACCCGGAGGACCGGGAAGAAGAGGAUAAUGAUGAGCAUGCCGAAACCAGAAGGAGGGCUAAAAUAAGCGAAGGUGUGCAUGAUGAGCAUGUACCCUCGUUUACUGUUAACGAACUCAAGCAUGCUCUAAGAAGCUUUAACCCAAAGAAGGCACCAGGGGCAGAUGGACUCACGUCCGAUAUAUGCACUCAUGCAAUAGACCUAGACCAAAAACUCUUUCUCGGUCUAAUCAAUAAGUGUUUAGAACAUAGAUACUUUCCGAAAAUCUGGAAAGCGGCAACAGUGGUGAUACUGAGGAAGCCGGGAAAGAACUCGUACACUGAACCGAAAUCGCACAGGCCGAUUGGUCUUUUGCCUGUGCUGGGAAAGCUGUACGAGAAGAUGCUGGUGGCCCGACUCAAGUACCAUCUAUUACCGAAGAUGAGUACUCGCCAAUUCGGCUUCAUGCCCCAAAGGAGCACCGAGGACUCCCUCUAUACACUAAUGCAACAUGUAAAAGAGAAACUGAAGGAAAAACGCAUUAUUACAAUAGUGUCAUUGGAUAUAGAGGGAGCCUUCGAUAGCGCGUGGUGGCCGGCUUUGGAGGUCCGAUUGGCUGAGGAAAAGUGUCCGGAGUACUUGAGACGGGUCAUCAGCAGCUAUCUCAGCGACAGAAAGGUUUCAGUGCGCUACGCAGGUGCUGAAUAUGACAGGGCUACUACCAAAGGUUGCGUGCAGGGAUCCAUCGGAGGCCCAAUUUUAUGGAACUUGCUCCUCGACCCAUUAAUUCACCAACUUCAAGCCAGAGGUGAAUACAUACAAGCAUUUGCCGAUGAUGUGGUCCUGGUGUUCGAUGGAGACUCUGCACUGCAAAUAGAAAGACAGGCAAACACCUCCCUCGAACAUGUUCAAGCGUGGGGCGUCCGAAAUAAGCUCAAAUUCGCGCCGCACAAAACUUGUGCGAUGACAAUAACGCGGAGGCUUAAGUACGACACACCACGCUUGAACAUGGGCGGAACGGAGAUCGCCACCUAUAAAGAACUCAAGAUCUUGGGGCUCACUAUCGACGAUAAGCUCACAUUCAACACACACGUUAGGAAUGUAUGUAAAAAAGCUAUCGGGAUGUAUAAAAUCCUCGCACGCACAGCUAGAGUUAGUUGGGGAUUGAGUCCUGAGGUUAUCAGGGUGAUAUAUGUGGCGGUAGUAGAGCCUACGGUGCUGUACGCGGCUGCAGUGUGGCACGAAUCAGUAUAUAAGCUGGGGGUCCAAAAACAGCUAAAUGUUAUCCAAAGGGGCUUCGCUCAAAAACUUUGUAAUGCAUAUCGCACGGUCUCCCUGAACUCGGCACUGUUAAUGGCUGGGAUACUCCCUUUGGAUCUCCGAGUUCGAGAGGCAGCCUCUCUAUUUGAGGCCAAGAAGGGAGUAUGCCAGUCAUGGCUUGGGGACAGGGAGAUCGAGCGAAUGUCGUCCGCGAUGGAUGCCCCUCAUCCCGCAGAGCAACAGGGUCUGGAGUUCGGCAAUCUGGUAGACGAGGAACAAUACAACAAUCUCAACCAUCUUGACGUGAGAAUUUUCACGGACGGGAGCAAGAUUGAGGGCCGAGUCGGGGCCGCUUUAUCCAUUUGGGAUGGUGAGGUCGAGAUAAGGUCCCUCAAGCUUGCUCUCGCACCCUACUGUACCGUCUAUCAGGCCGAACUCCUGGCUCUAAGCUAUGCAGUUAAGGAAGCCCAGCUCCGAAACGGGUCUACUUUUGGAGUCUUUAGCGACAGCAAAGCGGCACUCCUCACAGUCACAAACCACGGUUCCCUCCAUCCACUAGCCGUAAACAUAAGAAAAAUGUUAAAAGAAUGCACACUGCAAAAUAAGACCGUUGCCUUAUACUGGAUUAAGGCACACGCGGGAUUGGAGGGAAACGAGCGAGCAGAUCAACUCGCUAAGGAAGCCGCUCUGCUGUCGAAAAGAAGCCCACAUUACGACCUGUGCCCCGUUUCAUACGUCAAGCGAAUCAUCCGGGGUGGCUCGCUUGACGAAUGGAACAGGCGAUAUCGGGAUAGUGACAGAGCAUCAGUCACCAAAAUAUUUUUUCCGGAUGCAGUAGCGGCGUACAGCACUGUAAGGAAAAUGAGGAUAACUGGGCACAUUACCCAGUUCACUACGGGGCAUGGAGGGUUCUCCGAAUACUUGGCUAGGUUCAAGCGUAAGGGGGACCCCUCGUGUGCCUGUGAACCUGGCAUGCCGGAAACGGUCGAACACCUGCUGACGAGUUGUCCCAUUUUUGGAAAGCAAAGGUUCGAGCUUGAAAACAAAAUAAAUAUAAUUGUAAAUAAGGAAAAUUUGUGUAAAUUGAUAGUUGAAAAGAAUGUUAAGGAACUGUUUAUAGAAUAUGCUGUACAAAUAGUAAAAAUAGUAAAUAAGAAAAACAAAGAAUAA